GUUCUUCGGGUUUCGUCUUUCGACUUCACAAGUUCGCGAGUCACUUUCGACUUCUUCACUCUCUCUAUGUUUGGUUUACACGACAUUUAUUUAUUGAUUUCAUGCAGAUAUUCGACUACAAUAUUUAGUUUGAUUUCAUAUUCGUAUUUUAGAAGCGAUUUUAAAUCUCUUGUGUGAUUCACGUACACGCUACAAACUAAAUAGAGAGAGAUUUGAAGAGAGCAAGAAUGUCCGAAAAGUUCAGUGACCCUAAAUUCACCAUCAACAAGGUGUAUACCCGCUCUGGCGAUGAGGGUAUGACAAGCCUUGUGGGCGGCAACCGCGUGCAGAAGGAUGAUGUGCGCAUAGAGUGCUACGGCACGCUGGACGAACUGAACGCGUUCGUGGGAUCUACAAUACAAUCCAUCAAAGUCGAUAUGAAGAGUGUGCCUGACGCUCAGGCUGACCUCGUUGACAUGCUGGUCAAAGUACAACACCAUCUGUUCAAUGCGGGCUCAAUCUUAGCAACCAUGCCAGAGGACGUGCACCCUAAACAGCCACAGAUCGAGGACGUUGACAUUGAGGAUCUGGAACGAGACAUUGAUAUGUGCAACGAUACACUGCCUGAUCUCAAGUCAUUCAUCUUACCCGGGGGCUGUCGAGCGAACACUGACAUGCAUGUGUGUCGUACAGUCUGUCGCAGAGCGGAAAGGUCCAUUGUUGCACUCAACCGCGAAGAAAAUGCAGGGGUGCCACCCGCCGUGAUCAAAUACGUUAACCGCCUGAGCGAUGCAUUCUUUGUGUGGGGGCGGUGGUUGUGUGUGCAGAUCGAUGUGGAUGAGAUGGUGUGGAACCCUAACGUCACCAAGACCUCAUAGUCUUCCUUGGGGUGGUAUAAUCUCCCUUGGAGUGGCAUAGUUUCCCUUGGAGUGAUAGUCUCUCUUGGUGAGGUGAUAUAGUUAGAUGGUCGCGUGCUGAGUGGCGAGUGGUAGUACUGGAACGGCCGUCUUGUGUGAGGACUACGUCUGGCUUUAAGUGUGUUAGUGGGGUACGCUCUAUUGUGUACGUCUGGCUUUAAGUGUGUUAGUGGGGUACGCUCUAUUGUGUACGUCUGGCUAUAAGUGUGUAAGUGGGGUACGCUCUAUUGUUUAUCUGGCUAUAAGUGUGUAAGUGGGGUACGCUCUAUUGUUUAUCUGGCUAUAGGUGUGUUAGUGGGGUACGCUCUAUUGUUUAUCUGGCUAUAGGUGUGUUAGUGGG